AUGACUCCCCCCUCAGCUCUGAGCCCUCUCAUCCCAUAACACUGCAAGCUGAGAGCGAACUUUUCUUACUCUUUUAAACUUUAUGCUAACUUUUUCAACCCUGUUUAAAUAAUCAUUUAAAAUAAUCAUUUAAUCAUGUUUUGGUCACUAUUGCUGUGCGUAAUCAUUGCGUCGAUGCCGGUAGAUGCGCAAAUUUCCACCCGGUAUGUUGUCGGAUGUCCCGCUCGUUGCGACAAGUCUAUGUGUCCCCGGUUACCAGCGGACUGUCCGGUGGGACAAACCCUCGAUGCCUGCCACUGCUGCUCGGUAUGCGCCUCCGGUGAGGGAGAAACGUGCGGCGGCACCGGGAAGCUCGGCGAUCCGGUAUGCGGAGAGGGGCUUGAGUGCUCGGUAUCCAGCGGGGUGGCGUACACUGUCACGGUGAGGAGGAGAAGCAGGAGCGGAGUAUGCUUGUGCAAAUCCACCGAGCCGGUUUGCGGGAGCGAUGGGGUGUCCUACCGGAAUAUCUGCGAGCUGAAGAGGGUGAGCCGCCGGGCGCAGAAGCUGCAGCAGCCACCUGUUCUUUUCAUUCAGCGAGGAGCCUGCGGGAAAGCUCAGGACAACCCAGACAGCCCGAGGCACAAGUACAACUUCAUCGCCGACGUGGUGGAGAAAAUUGCUCCUGCUGUGGUUCACAUUGAACUUUUCCGCAAGAUGACUUAUUCCAAGCGGGAGGUGGCUGUGGCCAGUGGUUCUGGUUUUGUUGUGUCAGAGGACGGCCAGAUUGUGACCAAUGCCCACGUCGUGGCCAAUAAACACAGGGUGAAAGUGGAGCUAAAGAGCGGCGCCUCCUACGAUGCCAAAAUCAAAGAUGUGGAUGAGAAGUCGGACAUCGCUCUCAUCAAGAUUGAUGCACCGACCAAGCUCCCCGUACUAUUGUUGGGCCGCUCAUCAGACCUGAGACCAGGGGAGUUUGUGGUUGCUAUCGGCAGCCCGUUUUCCCUCCAAAAUACAGUUACUACAGGAAUCGUCAGCACCACUCAGCGAGGAGGCAGAGAGCUGGGCCUUCGCAACUCUGACAUGGACUACAUUCAGACCGAUGCCAUCAUUAAUUAUGGCAACUCUGGAGGGCCUCUGGUAAAUCUGGAUGGUGAAGUAAUCGGGAUCAACACACUGAAAGUGACAGCUGGCAUCUCUUUUGCCAUUCCCUCAGACAAGAUUCGACAAUUUUUGGCUGAAUCAUACGACAGGCAGUCCAGAGGAAGAACAGAUGCCAAGAAGAAGUACAUUGGUGUGAGGAUGAUGACUUUAACUCCAGUGUUAGCCAAAGAGCUGAAAACUCAACUCCGUGACUUCCCUGACAUCACCUCAGGAGCUUAUGUUAUGGAGGUCAUUGCAAAGACACCAGCUUCAAUUGGUGGACUUAAAGAGCAUGAUGUCAUCAUCUCCAUCAAUGGCCAGAGGAUUUCAUCAGCAACUGACGUCAGCACUGCUAUCAAGAGAGACGACAUCUUAAAAAUAGUUGUGCGCCGCAGCAAUGAGGACGCCAUCCUCACUGUUGUUCCCAUGGAGAUUGACCCUUGACCCUCCAUAAAUCACACUACAGGAACUGGAGUAAGGUUUAACUCAUCACCAGUGGACCUUUAUAUUGGAGGGGGCUUCUACUGACAUGCCCUCCCCCUGUGGGCAAAGGCCCAGUAGCACCACAGACCCAGAAAUAUUCUGGCUUUACCUUGAAACAAAUGACUGUACAGAUGCUUUAAAAGUAACUGUACUUUAUCUUCUGUGUGUGUUUCCACUUUUAGUCUUUCAUGCUUUGAUCAAUACUACUACUGUUUGGUCACAAACAUAAUAAUAUUAUUGUUUUAUCUACUUUAUUUUAAUUUUUUUUUAUUUGGUUUUGCUCAGUCAGACCUUUUGCUGGAAUUUUAAGCAAAUUAAAGGCUAAGUGAGCAAACUGGAUUUGUAUAAAUGUUUUUUCUCAGCUUCUUUUUUCCAAGUACUGUAGAAUAUUUUUAUUGAUUAUGUGUUGUAUACUGAAAAGAAUAAACGGUUUACCUACAUGUGUUUAGACAUUU